AUGCGCGUGGUGACAGCAGUGCUGAUCGCGGCCAUGGCCGCCCUCACCGUGGCCAUCGUGUCCGUGCCUGUGGCUGAAGCGGAAGACACCGGCAAUCCUGCAACUCCUACAGCCACGACGACACGCGCUGCCGACGCUGCGACGACAACCACCACGCUUGGCGAGUGGCAGCUGCUGAAGAUCAAGGCGGAGGAUGGGCUGAGCCACUCUGCAGCAACCUUCCUUGUCGCCUGCGCCGUCGUCGUCACAAUCCUGGCCGUGGUGUUCCGCAAGAACAUCUCUGAGAGCGUCAAGGGCCUGUUCUCCGACAAGCGCGGGCGGUACGACCGGCUCAAGGCGCAGAACAUGUCCGUCUAA